ACUGUUACCAGCGCAUUAUAGCACACACCACAGAAAAAAGCAAAGCAUUCUCUCUCUCCGACACACAAAUCCACAAGAGGAAAGGCAAAGCCCAGACACAUCAAAGCCCCUGGAUCUAAGCUCCUGAUUCUCUUAUACGUCGUAGUUCAGUUCAGAGAGCUCGUUUAUUCGUUUUGAUGCCUGGAAAUUUCUGGUACAAUCGGUAAAUGAUUGGUUUAUCAAGGUGAAAAUAUAACGAGAUCAGUAAAAUUUUAAACAAUGGCUUCAGUGGGCGUAGCACCUACUUCUGGUUUGAGAGAGCCCAGUGGCCAUACUGUCGGUGUUGAUCGGUUGCCUGAGGAGAUGAAUGAUAUGAAAAUCAGGGAUGACAAAGAAAUGGAAGCCACAAUUGUUGAUGGUAAUGGCACAGAGACAGGUCAUAUAAUUGUGACAACCAUUGGUGGUAGAAAUGGCCAGCCGAAGCAGACUAUAAGCUACAUGGCCGAGCGUGUUGUUGGACAUGGAUCAUUUGGAGUUGUGUUCCAAGCGAAGUGCUUAGAGACUGGUGAAACUGUGGCUAUAAAGAAGGUUCUUCAGGAUAAGAGGUAUAAGAAUCGGGAGUUACAAACCAUGCGCCUGCUUGAUCACCCAAAUGUUGUCUCGUUGAAGCAUUGUUUUUUUUCAACAACUGAAAAGGAGGAGCUUUACCUUAAUCUUGUACUUGAGUAUGUCCCUGAAACUGUUCAUCGCGUGAUCAAACACUACAACAAAUUGAACCAAAGGAUGCCGAUGAUAUAUGUGAAACUUUAUACAUACCAGAUCUUUAGGGCAUUGUCAUAUAUUCAUCGCUGCAUUGGAGUGUGUCACAGGGACAUUAAACCUCAAAAUCUUUUGGUGAAUCCACAUACCCACCAGGUUAAAUUAUGUGACUUUGGAAGUGCGAAAGUCUUGGUGAAAGGGGAGCCAAACAUUUCUUACAUCUGCUCUAGGUAUUAUCGAGCACCAGAGCUUAUAUUUGGAGCUACUGAGUAUACUUCAGCUAUUGACAUCUGGUCUGCUGGCUGUGUCCUUGCUGAGCUUAUGCUUGGACAGCCCCUGUUUCCUGGUGAGAGUGGAGUCGACCAGCUUGUUGAGAUAAUCAAGAUUUUGGGCACUCCGACGAGGGAGGAAAUCAAAUGCAUGAACCCUAACUAUACGGAGUUCAAGUUCCCCCAGAUCAAAGCUCAUCCAUGGCACAAGAUAUUCCACAAGCGCAUGCCUCCAGAAGCUGUUGAUCUGGUUUCGAGACUACUACAAUAUUCCCCUAACCUACGAUGCUCAGCCCUGGAUGCCUUGAUCCAUCCCUUCUUUGAUGAUCUUCGCGACACAAACACUCGCUUGCCAAAUGGACGUUUCCUUCCGCCGUUAUUCAACUUUAAAUCUCAUGAAUUGAAGGGGGUGCCAGUUGAGAUUUUGGUGAAAUUGAUCCCAGAGCAUGCAAGAAAGCAAUGUCCCUUUCUUGGUUUGUAAUUUGAUAUGAUAUGAUAUGAUGAAAUGUAACAAACUCGCAAGUGUUUUCCCCAUAAGGAAGCUAUGUGUUCACCCUAUUUGUGCUAUUUGUUCGCUUUUCUUAAAUGUAUCUUUUAUUGUAUUAUCAUGUUUUGUAAAAGCAGAUUUAGAGAUAUGCUACUUAUUUGCCCAAACCUCAAUGGGUGUUCUCAUUACCCUGUUCCUGUAUCACUCCUGGCUCUUAACCUCACAUAGAAGACAAACAUCACCACUAUCUAAAUGUUAUUUUAUCUUAUCUGUAUUGGUAUUUGUAGCAGACAAUAUCUAGUAGUUUCUAUC